AUGGCGAAUGCUUCCGUGUUCUCCAUCGGGAACGGGCAGUAUCUAUUUCAGUUCACUUCUGUUGAAGAUAAGAAUAAAGUUUUAGAAUCAUCAGGUCUUUUGCAUAUGGAAGGUAAACCAUUGAUUUUCCUAAAAUGGAAUUGGAAACUGAAAAUAGAUAAAGCUGAAACCACGAAAACCGUUCCUAUAUGGGUGAAGAUUUAUAACUUGCCUUUAUUCCUUUGGAAUCCAUCGUUUCUGAGUAAGGUUGUCAGCGCAUUCGGAAUUCCUAUAUGUGCUGAUCAGAAAACCAAAAAGCAACAACGGCUGGAUUAUGCAUGGGUUUACAUGAGAGUAGAUGCCAGUAAACCAUUGUUGGACAGUUUUCUUAUUUCAGUUAAAGGAAUUGACUAUCUACUCAACUUGGAAUAUGAUUGGUUAUUAUGGUAUUUUUUGUUAACUUGUUUUAACAAAUUGAUUCUCGAAAAUCUAGAAGAAGAAAUCCAAAAUGGAAAUUUCAGUUACCAACAAAUUAAAGCUGCUACCAAAGAUUUCAGACCUGCAUACAAGAUUGGUGAAGGUGGUUUUGGAUCAGUUUAUAUGGGAGUUCUCACGGAUGGUAGGGCAAUCGCAGUGAAAGUCAUUUCUCCCAAGUUACUGCAAGGAAAGAAAGAAUUUCUAAAUGAAAUAAAUGCAAUGUCUACAUACAAACACCCAAAUAUUGUUCCAUUGCUUGGCCAUUGUGUUGCAGAGGAUAACAGAUUUGUAUUAGUAUACGACUACUAUGCUAAUGGAGAUUUAGACCAUGCAUUAUUUGGUAACAAAAAUCUUAAGAAGAGACUGGAUUGGGAAACCAGAGUUAAAAUCUGUAUCGGAAUAGCGAAAAGUCUUGUAUACUUACACGAAGGAGCACAAUUCAAAAUUGUGCAUAGAGAUAUUAAGCUUGCCAAUGUUUUAUUAGACGUGCAUUUUACUCCCAAGAUGGCAGAUUUUGGAUUGGCCAAGCUAUUGACAACCGAGAGGGUACUCACACUGGAGUAG